GGGGCUUAGCGGGGGGCACCGCCAUGCCGGGGGGCCGGGAUGGGGGGCCGGCGCCGUGCCCGGAGGGCCGGGACCCCGAGCGCCAGAAGCACUGGGCCGAGCUCUUCGACCAGCUGGACACCAACAAGGACGGGCGGGUGGACAUCAACGAGCUGCGGGAGGGGCUGGCGCGGAUGGGCAUGAAUGCCAGCUCCCGAGCUGAACAGGAGAUCCUGCGCGAGGGCGACACGGACCGGGACGGUGAGCUGGACUUCGAGGAGUUUGUGUCUUACCUGCAGGAGCGAGAGCGCAAACUGCGACUCAUGUUCCACAGCCUGGACCGCAACAACGAUGGCCAGAUCGACGUGUCCGAGAUCCAGCAGACAUUCCACAGCCUCGGAGUCUACAUCUCUCUGCAGCAGGCAGAGAAAAUCCUCCAAAGCAUGGACAAGGACGGCACCAUGACCGUGGACUGGCUCGAGUGGAGAGACCACUUCAUCCUCAACCCGCUGGAGAACAUGGAGGAGGUCGUCCACUAUUGGAAGCACUCCACGGUCCUGGACAUCGGCGAGUGCCUUACGGUUCCUGAUGAAUUCUCUGAGAAGGAGAAGAGGACGGGGAUGUGGUGGAAGCAGCUGCUCGCGGGCGCCAUGGCUGGGGCUGUCUCCAGAACCGGAACCGCCCCGCUGGACCGGCUUAAAGUUUUCAUGCAGGUUCACGCCUCCAAGACCAACAACAUGAACGUGUUUGGGGGGCUGAAGGGCAUGAUCCAGGAGGGGGGCGUCCGCUCACUCUGGCGCGGCAACGGGAUCAAUGUGCUGAAGAUCGCGCCUGAGUCUGCCAUCAAGUUCAUGGCCUAUGAGCAGAUCAAGCGGGCGAUUCGUGGGCAGCAGGAGACGCUGCGGGUGCAAGAAAGAUUUGUGGCCGGCUCACUGGCCGGUGCCACUGCUCAGACAAUCAUCUACCCCAUGGAGGUGCUGAAGACCCGGCUGACCCUGCGGAAGACGGGUCAGUACUCGGGGGUGGCCGACUGCGCUAAGAAGAUCCUGCAGAAGGAGGGAAUCCGGGCCUUUUACAAGGGCUACCUGCCCAACGUGCUGGGCAUCAUCCCCUACGCCGGCAUCGACCUGGCUAUCUACGAGACGCUGAAGAACAUGUGGCUUCAGAAAUACAGCAGGAACACAGCAGACCCCGGCAUCCUGGUGCUCCUGGCCUGCGGGACGAUAUCCAGCACCUGCGGGCAGAUAGCCAGCUACCCCUUGGCCUUGGUGAGGACCCGGAUGCAAGCCCAAGCCUCCAUCGAGGGCGCCCCGCAGCCAACCAUGCUGGGUCUCUUCAAGCACAUCCUGUCGCGGGAGGGGGUGCUGGGCCUGUAUCGGGGCAUCGCCCCCAACUUCAUGAAAGUGAUCCCGGCCGUCAGCAUCAGCUACGUGGUCUACGAGAACAUGAAGCAGGUGCUGGGCGUGACGUCCAGAUGAACCCGCCGGCCCGGCGGGGCCCGGAUGCCCCUGGCCCACCGCUUGCUCCCCGCCCCCUCGCUGCACUUUGGAGGCUGGCGGAGCAGGAUCGGGGCCGGGGGGCGGCUCCGGAUCCAGGAGUGUUAAGAGGGACGCUGAGAGAUCUCAGCUGGAGCCCCCUGACACACACACCUGCCCCGAUGCAGCAGGCCUGAGCCGGUCCAGCGGACCAAACCCUGGAGCAACCCUGAGGUGUUGGCUCUGAGCGUGACCGGAAAGGGGAACCCCUCACCCCAACUCUGCCAUGCAGAGCAUGUCUGCUAGGGGCACCCUUUGCCAGGGGGUGUGGGCUAGGAGCAGACCCGGAGCGUUUGUGGGGAGGAUUAAUACAAAGUUCAGGGUUUGACUAAAUUUAGUUUGAGGCUUGACAAGCUCAGCUUCCAACCACCCCCCCGCAGGUCUGCUGCGGGGGGCGUCGCUCCUGGAAGCGCAUGACACAUGUACGCCCCGUUCCCUGCAUGCUACGGCCUGGGGCAUGGCAUGUUUCCUGCACCGGGGGCUUUGCUGCCCCCCAAGCACUCGCUGACACAGCCCUGUCAGUGGAUCCCAGUGGAGACUCCUCCAACCAGCACUGACACUGGAUCCCACGGGAGAAUCCCUCCAAUCAGCAGGCCUUUACUCAGCACUGACACGGGAUCCCAGGGGAGAAUCCCUCCAAUCAGCACCGACACUGGAUUCCGGGGGAGCCUCCUCCUAUCAGCAGCCCCUGACUCAGCACUGACACUGGAUCCCACAGGAGAAUCCCUCCAAUCAGCACCAACACUGGAUCCCAGCGGAGAGUCCUCCACUAGCCACUCUCCCCCGCCCCACAUCCACAAUGAUACAGGACUCUAGGGGGAAUCCUUCUAGAAGGGCUCCCCAACACAGUGACGCCACUGGAUCCCACGGGGGGUCCCCUCCUGUGGAGAGGGUCACCCCCCAAGGAGCCUUACCAGAGCCCAGCUGGAAGCGCUGCAGCUCCCCCCAGCCCAGGUACUGCACCGGAUCCCCCAAGGGCAGCCUAAAACCCACGUGCUUGUGCAUGGAGCUUGCGAAACGGGGAGGCCACGUGUGACUUGCCUGGGGGGCUACCUUGAAAUCAGGGCUAGCCCAAGUUCUUCCUCCAUUGCCACCCACUGUCCUUCUGCCCCCGCCUAGGCAGGGGAGACCUGGCACUGGUCGCCUCUUCCCCCACCCAGGGGAAGCCAGGCAGCCUCAGAGGUCUCCCCCUCCACACACCGAGCGGAUCUCCUCCUGCGCAACAUGGGAGACCCACUGGCCUCCCGGCACCUGGGGCUGUGGUUGGGGCAGGGCGCGGCCCCGUUGGGGGGUGGGACGCAGGGUGAGCCACACCACGCCCGCUGGCCAGAGGGGGUGGGAUGCGCCGAAGGCUCGUGUCGCCAAGGCCAGCCCGUGGGUUACCCCAGGGUAACGUUGCCUGGGCAGAUGGGGGUGAAAUUCCACCCAGCAGGGGGCAGUGCUGUGCAUGCACAAACCAGUCGCUCUGACAUGUCCCAUCCAGCAGGGGGCAGCAUGACGUGCACACAGUGGCCCCCCUACCCCCACCCCUCUCUACACACACACACACACACACACACCCUUCAACGAGCCGCUCUGACAUAUCCCAUCCAGCAGAGGGCAGCAUUAUACAGCCCCAGUGGGCCCCCCGCCCCUCCCAGCAUGUAGGAGUGACUGUCCAUCCAGCAGGGGGCAGUGUUAUACACACACACACACACAAUGCUUCCCCCUCCCCCAACCUUGGGCAGAGGUGCCAUUCUAACCUGCAGGGGGCAGCCUCACCCCGCUGCAUGCGCACUGCCCCCCCCAUAUACAUACUUGAGCAUGUGAAAUUCCACCCAGUAGGGGGCAGCACACCACCCCCUUCAGCUCCCCUAGUGGUGCCCUGAGCCACACACGGAAGGUGUCGGCCUCUUGCACAGGGAUGGUUUUAACUUGGGCCCGUUACGGACUCUGCCUCGUUUUCUAUGGCCCAUGAGGAUGGCCCCACCCCUCAGGUACCGAGGCAGGGGAUUGCCCCCCAGACACACACACCGGGGAGGGUGGAUCCCACAGGCAGGAGCCGCAAGGGCUAAUAUUCUUGCCUUACGAUUUUGCGUCGGGGUAUUUGUUACGGCGCCUGCCUGCGGGCUCCCCGGCCGCUUCUUUGCACCGGCUCCGUUGGGAUCCGCCUGGAUCCUUUCCCCAGGUUCCAAGCCACAAUCUCUUCCCGGCUCCACCCCGUCACUACGGCCGCAUCAGUCACCAUCUCGACCCUCUAGCAGACACACACACACACACACCCCGCCUGCCCAGACCUUGGCCACAGACAUUUUUCCACGGGGCCGCCCAGAGGAUUCAGGGGGCCUGGGCAAAGCGGGGGAGCUGCGGUGCUUGUACUCACCCGGCGGCGGUCCGGGUCUCUGGCGGUAUUUCGGCGAUGGGGGGCCCUUCGGUCGCUCCAUGUGUUCGGCAGCACUGAAGGGCCCCCCACUGCCGAAAUGCCGGCCGAAGAGCCGGACCGCCGCCGGGCCAGGGCUCGCAGGGCCCCUGCGGGGCCGGGGCACUUACCCGCCCCGCCCCCUCUGGGCGGCCCUGUUUUUCCACAUCAAUCCUUAGCCGACCUGCCCUGCUCCUGACACCAGCUCCGAGCCAGGGCCGUGGGGGGUUACAGAACCCUUACGUCCUGUGAGGGUGUCCUGGACUCCCCGGGGGAAGGGGGACCCUAGAGAAGACCAGAAGAACGGCCCAGACAGGGUCAGCCCUAUGGUCCGUCCAGCCCGGUGUCCUGUCUUCCGACAGUGGCCGGUGCCAGGAGCUUCAGAGGGAACGAACAGACCCGAGUGAUUAGCGAGUGAGCCAGCCCCUGGCCUCAGAGCUUAAUUUGUGAUGAAAGAGGAGCCGGCGUGCAAGCAAUUUUUUUUUUUUAAUCUUUCAUAAUGGAUGCAGCAAGCCCCAUGGUGCCGGGCUCUGAACGGCCAGGCCCAGAGGUGCCGGGGCUCUGAACGGCCAAACCCUGGCACAAAUUGAGCACUGCCUGUUGUCCAGUUUCCACCUCUGGCAGCCAGAGGCCCAGGGAUUGAGUGGGGUGUGGGAUUGAUUUAUGUUGAGGGGGGGGAUCAGUGUGGUGAGCUCCCCCAGUAAAACCAGAACGGACGUCUGGGUGGAACCCCCCCCAGCUGGGUCAUUGGCUGGGACCAAACCUGGGACCUAUGGAUUCAAAAAGCAGGCACCUCUGCUAACUAACCCAAAAGACCAGACUCGCAGUAGCUGACUCCUGAGCCGCCAUACAAAGUCUGACCACUAGAGGGCAACAGAGAGACUUGCCCCCCCCAGGCAAUAUUUGAAGAGUGCUGGGGGGGUGGGGGGCAGGAAGGAUUCCCCCUCCCUCCACUGAGAGCAUGGGGCUGUGUAUGGGCAGGCUGCGGGGAGGGGCCUGGUCCCAGAAGGUAAGAGCAGGUGCUGAGCAGCUGAGGACUGGGGAAGUUGUGACACGGGUGGGGAAGGCGCCCAUGGGGGGUGGUGGGGGGGACAGGACACUGCAAACUCCUGGCAUUGUUUGAAGUUUAUUAUUAUUGUUUUAAUCUUAUUUAAUUCCCCCCUUCCCCGCUCGAGGUUCGUGUGGUGAGAGGGACAAAGGGUUAAGGAGACAGUAGGGGGCAGAGGCAGGUUCUUGGAGGGGGGCAGAAACAGCCCCUCCCAGUAUGGGGCAGAAGAAUAACAGCCCUCCCCCAGUGUGGGGCAAACAGGCUUCCCAAGGGGCAAGUGGUCCCUCUCCAGCAGGAGGCGCUGUGAGCACCCCGGCCCUGUGGAAGGGCCGAGUUCGAGUUUCGCCAUCCUAGCCUUUCCCCUUGGAGCCGAGGACGCCUGACCCUGAGAUGGAGCUCCAUGGUGCCUUGCAUGGUGACCAGUACCCGGUGGGAACAGCACGACGCUUGCCCCAUCUCGGAAGG